AUGGCCAGAAACCUAGCCAAAUUCCUCUUACUGUUUUACACCAUUUCGAUCUGCAACGCCGUCACGAAUCCAAGUCCAAUCUCCGAUUCUCACCGUUCCGCCGCUUUACAACUCUUCGAUGGAUCCUCUUCAAGUUUAGAAGAAGCCUAUGAGGCUCUAAGAGUAUUUGAGAUACUUGCACUUGAGAAUAAGCCUGAUGUGAGUGAAACCACUUGUCGGAAGGUUGUGGAAAAUCUUGGACCGUCAUCCUCUUUGAAGGAUUUGUUCUAUGCCUUAAAGGUCAAUGGCAUUUUAAAAUGCAAGGUUGAUAGGGGUGUUUUCCAGGAUAUUGCUUCAAGACUUAAAGCUACUGUCAAUGAUGCAAGUGCUUUGGUUGACAUGUACUAUACAAUAGGAAGUUUGGUUCUUAUAAAGGAUCAGGCACCUGAUGUUGAUGCGCUUCUUGCUGAUACUGAUGGGACAUUCCAUUCAAUCAAGGCUUUGAGCCAAAGUGAUGGAAGAUGGCGCUACAGUUCUGAUAUUCCAGAAUCUAGUACCUAUGCUGCUGGAUUAGCACUUGAAGCACUGUCUGGAGUCAUCUCAUUAGCAUCUUCUGAAAUUGAUCAGUCUAGGGUAAAUACGGUGAAAAGUGAUAUAUCGAAGCUCUUUGACAGCAUCCAGAAAUAUGAUGAUGGAACAUUUUAUUUUGAUGAGAAAUUUGGCGGUGGUCGCGAGCAUCAGGGUUCUCUUUCGACAUCUUCUUCAGUUGUUCGAGGGAUUACAUCAUUUGCCGCUGUAACUUCUGGAAAAAUAGAUCUUCCAGGGGAUAAAAUAUUGGGUUUAGCAAAAUAUUUUUUAGGCAUUGGACUUCCAGGAAGUGGCAAGGACUUCUUCAAUCAAAUUGAAUCAUUAGCUCUUCUGGAGAGCAAAAGGGUUCCCAUCCCAUUAGUGCUGUCACUUCCUGCAACAGUUUAUUCAUUGUCCAAAAAAGAUCAGCUCAAGGUUACGGUGAAUACAGUACUUGGUUCAGCUGCACCACCUCUUACUGUUAAGCUUGUUCGAGCUUUCCACACCGAUGCUAAAGAUUCGGCUGUUAUUGAGGGCAAGGAACUCCAGUACGAUCAAAGUAGUGGACUUCAUAUCAUGGGUUUCCCAGAUUAUGUGGAUGUGGGAACAUAUGUGUUUGUUUUUGAGACAGCGCUUCAUGAUUCUGGUAGUGAAAAUGAUUAUGCUAUUGGAGGCCAAAUUCACGUGCCAAUAUAUGUCACUGGCAUUGUUAAAGUUAGCAAUGCAGAAAUUGCAGUUCUUGGCAGUGAUCUUGGAAGUGAUGAAACCCAGAAAAUGCUAGAUUUGGCUGGAACUGAUGUUGUUUCACUCUCAGCUAACCAUCUUCAAAAGUUGCGUUUUUCUUUUCAGUUGACAACGCCUCAUGGUCAUGCCUUUAAGCCUCGUCAGGCAUUGCUUAAGUUGAAGCAUCAGACAAAGUAUGAACACAUCUUCGUGGUUGGAAAUACCGGCAAGAAGUUUGAGAUUAUUUUCGAUUUUCUUGGCUUGGUGGACAAAUUUUAUUAUCUCUCGGGAAGAUAUGAUAUUGAGCUGACCGUUGGUGAUGCUGUCAUGGAGAACUCUUUCUUGCGGCCACUUGGUCAUUUAGAAUUAGAUCUUCCAGAAGCACCUGAGAAAACAGCGCAUCUUCCCCCACUACCUGUCGAUCCUUACUCAAGAUAUGGGCCAAAAGCAGAGAUAGCUCACCUGUUUAGGGCUCCUGAAAAGCGACCACCCCAGAAUCUCUCUCUUGCUUUUUUGAUUGUGACCCUUUUGCCAUUCAUCGGCUUUUUGGUUGGGCUAUUGCGCUUGGGGGUGAACUUCAAGAACUUUCCAUCUUCAGCACUACCUGCCUCAUAUGCCAUCCUAUUCCAACUUGGCGCUGCCGCAGUUUUAUUGCUUUAUGUACUUUUCUGGGUGAAGCUGGACUUGUUCACUACACUCAAAGCACUAGGGUUUUUGGGAGCUUUUCUGAUGUUUGUGGGACAUAGAAUCCUUUCCCAUCUCGCUUCAACAUCAGCUAAGCUGAAGUCUGCAUGA